AUGUCACUCAACCUCAAUCAAAGAGAAGGAGCUAAGGGUGAGCAUAAUGCAAAGCAUAUUGCCGGAAGCACAUACCAACUUACUCCUCCCGACACCCUCACACUCACAACAGAGGAACUCAGUAUAACCACAGCUGCCCUGAUUGUCAAUACAGAGGUGCUCCCUACCCUUACUAUCACUACAGAGAGGUCCUCACCACCCACUAUCCCAACAGAGGCACUACUCUACGAGAUGUUGCCGAGAUGCGUGGCAGAGCAGCUCAAGAGAGGACACAAAGUGGAGGCUGAGAACUUCGACUGUGUUACUAUAUACUUCAGUGACAUUGUUGGCUUCACCGAGAUGUCCGCGGAAUCCACCCCGCUCCAGGUGGUGGACUUCCUCAAUGACCUUUACACCUGCUUCGACUCCAUCAUUGGUAACUACGAUGUCUACAAAGUGGAAACCAUUGGUGAUGCUUACAUGGUGGUGAGUGGUCUGCCUAUCAGGAACGAGGAUCAACAUGCGGGUGAGGUGGCCUCCAUGUCCUUACAUCUGUUGGACGCAAUCAGACGCUUCCAGAUCCGUCACCGACCCGACGACACGCUCAAGUUGCGUAUUGGCCUCCACUCAGGUCCAGUGUGUGCGGGAGUGGUGGGGCUGAAGAUGCCUCGGUACUGCCUCUUCGGCGACACAGUCAACACGGCCUCCCGUAUGGAGUCUACAGGACAAGCACUGAGGAUCCACUGCUCGUGCAGCUGUCGGGACAUACUGGCUAAGGUGGGAGGAUACGUGCUGGAGGAGCGAGGUCAGGUUAAGGUCAAGGGAAAGGGAGAGAUGACCACCUACUGGCUACUUGGAGAAGAUCCAGAUCGCAAACGUCAUCGUGAGCGGUCACGACGGCAGCGUGGGCUACAGGGUGUGAUGCUGGCCAAGAAUGGGUGCUUGGGCGGUCUACGAGGCUCUCUGAAGGGUGCGCGUGGAAGAACCUCGCCUCUGCCUCGAACCCUUAGCUUGGAAUCUCCCAAACGCCUCAGGUUUGCCAUGUCCGAGGAACUGACUAGCCGAACUCUGAAUGAGGAGGCGCCAUUUGACGGAUCACCGCCUCCAGCCUCACCUGCCUCCGAUGAUUGUAGGAUGCGCCGUCUCACUCUUGAAGUGAAGCGCAACUCGUGCCCUUGUAUCAAGGAACACCGUGAGCAGACAGAGGACUGUCGAGGCCAUGCCAUCGUUACUUCGCCUCUGGACAAUAGCCCACUGCUGUCUCCUCAGGGACUGAUUAUAUCUCCCGUGCCGUCCAUCACUGGGUCAGGACACGACAUGGUAUUAGCGGGAAGCUGUAGAGCAUCUGUCAUCGAAGUGGGUGUCUCGCGGCCUUCCAGUUUCAUGGAAAACUCAGUGGAACCCGCACCACUCUUUUUUGACCUUCCUCCUUCAAACCUCUCUCGAGACGUGGAUUUACGAAUACGUUCUACCACGUCACUUCAAAAGCAGGAUGUGACUCACAAAAACGCUUCCGAUUUAGACUUGACGUUAACGGUAUCUUCCACUCCGAUUAGUACGGGUGGCAGAUCGUGUAGUGUGAGUGGCAAUGGUUCCGGGUUCGGGGCCAAAGCUCGCUGUUCGCUGUCUAGUGGGGGUAACGGCAGAUGGCGAUCCCACAGCAUGGUCUUGCAGAGUGGCCGACGAGGCAGUGCUGCAGAUGGUGACUCCAUGGUAACUGGGACGCUGGCAGGAGGAGAAGGUAGUGACGGGAGGGCGGCCCGUUUGCGCUUCUGUAGUAAACAGGAUACUUGCUCCUCCAUUGAGUGUGAGGAGUCUGCUCCACUCCUGGCUAGUGUUGUCAAUUAUAGAGUUAUAAAUGAGGUGCACAAGCUGUCAGAGAGAGAAACACCGGUUUAGCAAAUCCUGUAUUGUAGUAGCAGAUCAAAGUUUAUAAGAUAUUUUUAAUUAUGAAGAACUGUUAGUGAUAACAAGAUAAAGUCCCAUGGAUUAUAAAUACUUCCUUUUAAAUCCAAAGAAAUUUAGGAAAAAAAUAUUACAAAGCGUGAUAAAUCAGUUGGUCAGUAGCUCAAUUAGUCGCCCAUAUCAUGAAUUCCUUUACAGACAAAGGAAUUCACAUUAAUGUGUGUGAUAAUGGAGUAAAAUCAGAUUACA